AUGGCUCCAAAUCAUGCAUUUACAAUCAUAGGAAUUAAAUUAUUAGAAGAUUCUAUUCAACAUACUACAAGUUCCUGUAUUCUUGCUGAAGUUAGUCUAGCUCAAUUUAUAGAUGAUAUUGAUUUUCGAAUAUUAACUUAUCUUGAACAACAAUUAAAACAACAGUACCCUGAUAUACGUGUUCGUCAAGCAAUUGCUUCGACUUUUGCUAAUCUUAAAAAAUAUAUUAAUAGAAGUGAAAGUGAUUUUCAAGCUGCUGUACUCGAUUUACUUGUUCAAUUACUUUUAACUCGUUAUUUUAUUUAUUGUAUUGCUGAAUUUCUUGUAAUGUUAUCACAUGAUACACUUCAUUCAAAACGAGUUAUUAAAAUACAAGAUUUAAUAAAACAUUAUGAUUCAUUAUUAGCAAGUGGACACGAACCUGAAACACAUACUUUGGCAACAUUAAAAGCAGUUUUAUAUGAUUUUUUUUAUGAAAAUGGUCUUGUAUUAGUUUUAUUAAUUGAACAAUUUCUUCCAUUACCAUAUAUAUCUGUAUUACGUUUAGUUGAAUUAAUUGUUUAUGAUCGUAUUGAAAUGAUGUUAACACUUGACCAACAAACAUUAAAUAAACAAUUAUGA